AGGUAGAGUUUCAUGGGAAAAAUGAUGGAAGAUGUGAAUGCUGAAUGCAAGAAGUUUUGCACAGAAUGGGCAGACUUCCAGAAGGUGACACGAGUACUGAUAAAAGCCCUGAGAAGGAUUCAUCACGGCAUAAGAGCAGAACAUGCAAAACUCAGAGGUGAGAUUAAAACAGCAGGUAUUCGAGCAAAAAUCCUGGGAAGGCACGAGGUUGCAUUCAAGAAAGUGAUUGUGGGUCUGAAUGACUAUGCAGAAAAUUUCUUGGAAAUGGAAAAGCAAUACAGGGAACUCUCUAAAAACAACAUCAAAUAUUGUAAAAUUCAGUUUGCUCGUGUAUCUGAAAGACAUGUGCAGGUGACAGUGCAAAGGGAUACUGUUCUGUAUAGUGUUGAGUGCAUCAUCAGGGCUCAAUUAAGGAUUAUUGCUGGAAAUUUCAAUGAAAGUUCAGAUACACUGCAGGAUGCUGGCAUAUUUGAAACUAUUGGAGUUUAUAAUGAAAUGCUUAUAAAGUUGAAGAAAAAUCUUCCUCCUUCCCCAGAGGAAGAAGAAGAAUAUGAAGAUGAAGAAGAAGAAGAGAAUCGUGAUAUGUACAAACAUGUGGUUCCUGAAAACUUGGUUCCUCCUCUUUCGUGUUUAAAGCAAAUGACUGCCUCAAAAAUCCUUCAGAUUAUAGGUCGAGAAAGAGCUCCACAAGUCACAAGGUGCAUAGCUGACACAUUGAUGUUAGAAUAUGAAAUGCCAUCUGAAAAUGGAACAUUAUUGCCUUGGAAACCUAUAAAUUAUAAUAGCAUUCCAAGAGUGGCUCGUGGAGAUAUAUUUGAAGAUGCGAUAGCUAAGGAGGAGGAUGAAAAUAAGCUCAACCAACAGAAGUUAGAUUUGGCACUAAGGAUGGAGUUUGGGGAAGACUUUCCUGGAACAGAUUAUCUCCCUGCCAACGAAGCAGGAGAUCUCAGGAAACCUGUGUGCUCUUCGAAAGUAGAUAAUCUUAUAAGAGCCAAUACAGAGUUACUAAAUCUACUUGUAUUAAAGUUCACAAAAACUACGGGUGUUUUAGUGAAGGGAAUGGUAAAGCAAAGUAAAUCUGGUGAGAUGCGUUUAACCAAGGCUGCCAGACACAGAAUUGAAACAUAUUAUGUCGAGAGAGUUUGGGGAGAGGGCUCAGAAUUUGUAGAAGAAUUGAUAUUGUGGAUACCUCCAGAUGCAAGACCUCCACCUUUUCCACCUCCAGCCUUAUUGUCACCUCUCCAGAUUUUUGAAUCACUUGGUGUCUUCAAGCAGUACUACACAAAAGGUUUAAUACCAGAAUGCUGUUAUGCAAGCUGUGAAAGUGUUGUAGACGAAUGCAGACACUUAGCAACUACCUCGUUUAUUGAUAGAAAUAUGGUCAGAGGUAUAGGCUCAUAUGGUCGCUCAAACCCUAUACCUUGUGAAUUGCCAGAUGGAAACUUUUCUACUGUUGGAGGUGAUGGUAUUGGAGAUGUUAUUCAGUUACUUGUUUGGGAGAUAAAUGAGAUUGAAAGGGCAGAAGUUGAAAAAGAACCCAAAGAUUGGCCAGUUGGGGAUGAGGAUGGCCUCUUGCUCAGACUCGGAGCUGUUGUAAGCGCUGCUCUUUCUUGGAUUAAUCUUCGAGCAGCUCCUCUUUUGCACACUUGGAAUACAGCUCCCUAUUACCUUCUAACUCAGGCAGAUUACCCAAGAAUGAUUGAAGAACUGAAGGACUGAAAGUAAAUACAAGAGAGAGAUAACCUUAUUAAGACGGAUGACAUGGCACGUUUGUUUUAUGCUAUGUUGCGAGACAAGCUUGUCCUGAUCAUUCAGAAAGUGGUUGAUGAAGUUAAGGAAAGUGAAGAAGAAUCAGUUGAAGCCAUAAGCAAUGUUUGUCGAACUGUAAGUCUGGCACAGCUUCAGAAUUCCAUGCCUAAACCCAGAGUGUGGCGUGGUAUUGGUCGAAUACCUCAUGAACCUCAUUUUUAUGUGUAUGAAUACAUUGCUGCUGUGUUGGAACCUGUCCUAGAUGCUGUGUCAAAACUUGGUGUUGUUUUGCAACGUCGUGCUGGAUCAGCAAUUCUAAAGGUGGUCUGUUAUGCUUGGUUAGAACAUAUAAAAGCUCAAAAAAUAAAGUUUUCCCUAUGGGGUGCCCAGCAACUGUUGAAAGAUUUCCAUGCCUUGGCAGAAUGGUUACAAAAGUACCCUGGGUUAGCACCAGAAGCUCGAACACAGGUUUUGGCUGUAGAUGUUUUGAGAGAAUGUGAAGGAGUGGCAAGAUUACUUAUGAGACAACCGCCUUUGGUCAUUGGCUACACCUCCCAAAAUCAAGUAGCACCCAUGGGUCCUAUCAGUGCUGGUCGCAAGCAUGAUAAGGAAGUCAAGCUUAGCCCAGAAAAUGAUGACAUUCCAGCUGAGAUGUAUGUCCCCAACCAACAGCUUUGGUUGUCACUGAGAGCUAGACCAGCAUCUUCGGUAUGUGUAAAGAUGGGCUCUUGUUGCUCAUGGCCUUACUGAUGUGUUCAGUUGGACUGUGUACAUGUAUUAUGGGUAUUUUGGUAACUUUGUAAUGACAUAGUAAUCCCAUUUUUCUGAACUGGUUUUGAGUCAGGAGUUAGGGAAACAUUAGGUACUCUCUUCUGAAUGAUUAAGCUUUGGUUUGUGCAAUCUGUCUCUGGAGCAGCACUUGCAAGAUUAUUUGAAUGCCACCAGAACGCUAUUAAGCAUUUUACGUAGUGUGAGUAUCUGAUUCAUUAUAAACCUUUUGAUUUUUAUGUAAUUACAUAGUAUUUUUAUAUAUGACUAUAAAUUACUUUCAAUGCCAAGGGAUGGUGAUAUUGAUUGUAGAAACUGGGAACUUCCCAGGGGGGAGAACUGAUGGCUUCAUAUUGGAAAAGAUAAUAAUAUAUAUUGUUGAUUGUAUUUUUACAUGAGGUUUCAGUUAUUGCAGUAAUAUCUUUCAUACUUAGGUAAUAUUCUUCAAGGGGGUUCUUAAAGAGAUACAAAGUAAUAUUACUUUUGCAAAAACUUUUUGUUAUGUUUUUCAUAGAAGGUGUUGCAGAGAUGUAUUGAUCACUGGAUAUUAGCUGUAUUGAUAAUUUGGAGUAAUUGGUCCAGCUAUCACCUGGUGGUCAGUGAAAUUACUCUCAUAAGCAGACAAUUGAAUGUUAAAUAGUUUAAUCUUUUCCUCUUUUGGUUUGCACAAAGAAUUGAAAAAGUAACUUGGAGGAUAUGUUGAUUAUUUAUUCAUGUAAGCAUCUUUAUAAAGAAAAGUUUUUUUGCCAGACAGACUUCUUACAUGUGAUAAUUUGACAUUUUACAGGUGGCCAUAUACCUAUGCACUAGAUAUAGAAAUUAGAUGAAUAGAUGAUAGAUUCCUUUGCAACAUUGUUUUCAAAGAAUCAGAGCCUUCUUGUUAUUCAUAUGCUGUGUUGCUGCUGGCAGCAUUUACACAAGCUGACAAAAAUUCUGUUAAAACCUGUGUAAAACGUUUUGUAGUUUUUGUCUUUGCCAUAUGCAUUAACUUUUUUUUUUCCGGAAACUUUCUGUGACUUAACUUUGGUCUCGUGGAUUUGGAUAAAACAAUAAGAUAUGAUUUUUAUAAGUCUUCAUUGAGUCAUUAAUUUGGCAAGACUGUUAAUGAUGCAUUUUUAUUUCCUUACUACAGUUACAACAAACCGUUAUUUCUUUAAAAUAUUACAACUGUUCUUCAGUGGAUAUUAUUAUGUUGAUGAAUUGGAAUGUCAAUUGAUAAAUUAGCAAUUAUUUAGCAACUGUGAAGCACAGAUGGAGGCAUUUGAGAAUGGAGGAUUCAAAACAAAAUUGUAUGGACCUGCAUUUAUGUUAACUAAAAUUUAUUUUGACAAAUUUUUCAUGAUAAUAUGGUUAACUUAAGUGUUGAGCAUUCAAUUUUAUGCCUUUUAUGGUACAUACAGAUUUAGAUAUAAAAUCUGAAUUAUUUGAGAAGACAAAUGUAUAAAAAAAAUUAUUAAAGUGGAAUUUCAUCUGAAGGUUAGACACAAGCCUUGUACAAAAGUAAUUCAGUAUCCAAGUAACCAAAUCUUAUGAAAACUAUUUUAAUAGCAAAGUUCUAUAUGGUAAAAACGUAGACAUUAGCACCCUUUAUAUUAGAAAAAUUGGCUUAAUAUUUAGUCUUUUGUGUCCAUACAAUCUGUUUUACUUAUGCUUAAGGUCUUUAGUAGCACAGUUAACUGAGAAUAAGUCAUGCAGUAGAUGAAAUACUUAAGCAGUUGUCUUCGCUGGUGAGCAUCCUGGGCCCCUUUUCCUUUUUUCAUUGUGUCGCUUACUGACUGUCUUGAUAAGCAUUUGUAUGGUUGCCACUGAAUGAGUUAGGAUAGUAGUUCUCUUUUGUUGGGUAUGCAGGUGGGGAUUUUGUAGUGUUCAGAGCAGUAGCUUUAAAAAAACAAUAAUGUAGUCAGGUGUUGUAUUUCCUUACAUAAUUGCUAACCAAUUAUGCUGUCAUGUUUCAAACACUUGCUAAUUUUACCUACAUAGGCAGGUUGAUAUUAACAAGGGUGACUUUGCAGUAUUGUAAUGUUACCAAACAUAGCAUUUUUGCUAUGUUUGUCAGACAUUCAGCUAGUUUACGUAAGUGCACACAUUAGUCACAGUUUGUACUGUGACCACUUUAAAUGGUGAGGAACCUCAGCUCCCUCUACAAAUAGAUCCAGCACUUUAAAUGGAGAUGUUGAGUUCAGUUAAGCAAUCAACAGGGUGAAGGGACCUUUUAGUAGCCGUAGAUGUUUACUUUGAGAUAACGAUUUGUCCAGCAUCCUGGAAGUAUAUGAGAUUCAUGUUAUUAGUGACAGUCCCAGUUCAGGACUCAUUUUGCUUUUUGUGCAGUAUAUAAGAGUGAUGAAACUCUGGAUAGUUCUGACUCAUUCACAAAGAUUAUGUUCAUGGCGCUAUUAUGAGCGUCUACUUUUUAAUUUUAUCCCUUCCUCAGAUUGGUAACAUUAAUGGCUCCAGAUUUUUUUAUAGUUUUGGUAAAUACAGUACAUCUGGUGUCUAAUGUAGCAAUGGCAAGUAUACUGAUUCAAGAUGUUCAAAAACCCAACUGAUAGGUUCAAAACAAAAAUUAUUUUGGCCCACCAAAUCAGUGAGUGGCUUGGAGUAAUGAGAGGGUUUCAUCUUGGAGGAAUAAUGGUAAGGAGACGCCUUGCUGCGGGAUAAGUGAAGCCACUCAAGUUGCUGGCCGCCAUAUUGGGACUGGCAACUUAAUCCCUGGGUCGACUGUAGGUGCGUGACCUCACGAUGACUAAGGUGUCACUCAAUUGUUUUUAGUUUCAUUGAAGAACAAGGAAGAUGAUGAUUUUAUUCCAAACCAUUACCACUUGUCAAAAUGUUCAAAUAAAAUAGUAGCUUAUAAUGCAAGCUUUGUUGUUUUUAAGUAAAAAAAAAAAAAAGUCUUUACAGUGUGAGGUCUGCAUUGAUGCAGUAACAUUAACAGACGCUAAUUUUUGUCGCACCCUCAUCGAAAAAACUAAAGGAAAAUUGGUGUAUCAAUCACAUGAUGUUAUUGAUAUUUGCAAUACAUAUGAAAAAAAUAUGAGGGAAAUGUUGUCCUUCAACAAAACAAUGGGGAGAGUUAACUUCCAUAAAUUAGUUAGUUCAGUAUUGGCAGCUUACAGAGGCAAAACAAUAUUUUCAGAGUUCGAUUGUCACGUGUAUGAUACACAACCAUUGGAAAAUCACUUGCACUUAUUGAUUAAAUCAAUAACUGAAAAAUAUUUGCAAGUGAGAUAUAAUUAUGCUGGUAAGCAGAUUACUGCUAAACUUCAAUCGCAGGUCGCAGGAAAGAGUCGCCAGACAUAUACUAAGCUCAUUCAUUUUAGCGGUCAAUAAUUCCUAAUAGUAAGCGAUAACAAACAGUAAGGACUAAGGAAUCAGCAGACAUAAAGAGAAUAACUUUAAAUUUUGGCCAGUAAUAGGCUAUAUGUAUAUAAGAUUAUGAAAAAUUUGUAUUGUAUUUCUGAGUAAUAAAGUAAGGUGUUAUGUAUGAUGAAAUAAUUAACUCUGUUCUUUUAAAGAAUGAUAAAAUGUGUAUCACUAAGAAUGAUAAAAUGUCUAUCUCUUUUCACCUCCAUUUAUGCCAUGAAAACAUGCAUUAUGGAAACAAAAGAUGGGAAAAAUAACUGAAAGUGUUCCUAUUAAUCCUCCUCUUAUGCCAUUCCUGGGCAUGGCUGCCAAAUGGUAAACUGGCUUCACUUUACUGAAUGGUCUGACCCAUGCAGGGCGUCUCCUAACCAUUAUUCCUCAAAGGGUUUCAUGUAGUGACAGGAGACUACUUACUGGAGGGAAUGACUAAUUUCUUUUGUCUAUUGUUUGGUUCAAUUCUUGUGUAAUGGUGUCAUUUUAUAUUUUAAGCAUAAGUAAACUAAAGUGUGUGCAUUUUUAGGAGUUAAACUUAAAUAUACUAAUAUAGUCUUGAUGUAAUUGCUAGGGAGCUGUUUUUCUUAGUGACUUUUGGAGUGAAUGGCACUGCUAUUGCAUUCAUUCUAGCUUGGAUUACUAAAGCUAUCAAUACAUAUGAUAUUCCUGUGUUCAUGAAUUGACAAUUUUAACAGUUGCUUUACUUGGCUUGAGAUGUUGAAAAACUGUCUUUUGUAGCAAUCUCCUAGGAGCUCCAACUGAUGCUGGUUGUCUUAUACUGUAUUUAGGCUGCAAUUGUUGGCAUUCAAGUAUCCAACUUUCUUCUAUGCAUUGUCCUAAAUCUAUAAAUCUAUUUCUGUUUUCAGCACAGACCCAGACUACUUUUAUGAUUAUCUGUGACUUUCUGAGGUGUAAUCUGUCAAAGAUUGGCUAGGAUUCACAUAAUAAUAAUAAUAAUAAUAAUAAUAUAAUGAUAAUAAUAAUACAUACAGGCGGUCCCCGGGUUACGACGGGGGUUCCGUUCUUGAGACGCGUCGUAAGCCGAAAAUCGUCGUAAGCCGGAACAUCAUCAAAAAUCCUAAGAAAACCUUACUUUUAAUGCUUUGGGUGCAUUGAAAACUAUGUAAACUGCAUUCUUAUGGCAUUUUUCAUAAAAAAACCCUUCAAAUAUUGAUUAUUUUGCAUUUUUGGUGUCAUAUUUCAUCUCCCAGAUGAGCGUUGUAGGCAUCGUAACCCUGGAACAUGCGUCAUAACCCUGGAAAUAACGUCUAUCGACAAGCGUCGUAACCUCGGAACGUCGUAAGCCGACAACGUCGUAACCCGGGGACUGACUGUAUAGGUUUUAUUGAAAAUAAUGGCUAUUUCAGCCACAUUUAUUUUGUAUAGAAGUUUCUGUUAUUCUUAUUACUAACUUCUUCUGUACUCAAAUUGGCUAAUAAAAUGCCAGAUGGGGAUUCAUAUAAAAAACGUAAUUGUCAAACCCCGUUUUUACAUGAAUCCCCCAUUUGUCGUUUUAAUAGCCAAUUUGAGUACGGAAUAAAGUCAGUAAUAAGAAGAUAGAGAAACUUCUUACAAAAUGAACUCAGCUGAAAUAGCCAUUAUUUUCAAUAAAACCUGUAUUAAUGAAGGUCUUCUUCCAGCAAAUAAUAAUAAAAAUAAUAAUAAUAUAAUGUUUUACCAUAAUUAAUGGAUACACCAGGAGAGUUGGUUUUAUAUUUCAUUUUGUCUUAUUCCCUUUUCUGUGAGAUAUCAAUAAUUUGGUAAAUAAUCUAUGAUCAUCUCAUAACAGAGGGUGUUUAGUAUUUUGCUUUUUGGUGUGACUAUUACAAAUUAAUAUAAUAAGGCUGUUGACUGUUUUGUCUUUGCAUAAAAGAAUAUGGUUGCAACAAGGUACAGAAUACAAAGUAGGUUAAGGAGUUUUUAUGUGGUGUUACCAAGAAGAAUAGUCAUUGUGAUGAUGUCAUCAUGAAUCUUACUGUUGAUUUACUGGUCCUUUUUCACUUCAAACUACCUUGUUGAUGCAAAUGUCUUGCUUCUGUAGUCUCGAUGGCUGUUGGAGGGUCAUCUGGAUAUUGCAAUUUUUCUGGGGGUGCUGGUCUCCUGAUAGUGGGCAUGAUCAGUUUUUUUCAUGACAUAGAAUGAUUGUUUAGUUGUAUUAUUUGAAAGGCAUCAAGGGGGUGGAGGCAGCAGGUGUCAGCCGCUGUAUUAAUGACCUCAGUGGCUUGAUGAAGGUUUUUCCAGUUUAGAAUAAUGCCAUGGUAUGUUUAUAAUGCCACCAAAUGGCACCCUCAUGAAUAUGGCAUGCGAUUGACUUGGAGUGAUGCAUUGUGGUCAUAAUAACAAUCGCCAAGAUAGUUCUAGAUGGGGCAUUUGAAUUGAUAGCCUCGACUUGUCCUCUUCAGUAGUUCAUGCAUGAGCAGGAUUACUUUUCAUUAAGGUGCUUGAAGUCCUUUGUUGUCAUAAUAAAUAGUGCGACAAGUAGCAAGAGUGAAACUGCUGAAGCAGCCAAUAAUUUUAAUGAAAUUUGUAAGAGAGGGUCUCCUUCUUAAAUAAAUAAUGAUAGGGUCUUGGCAGUCUUUUGACAGCUUACAUCUUUCAAGUCUAAUGUAGCUGAUGCGAUUGUUUACAUGGCUCCAGUUCUCUUUCUGCAAGUCUGUAAAGGUCAUAUAAGUAUAUUAUGCUUCAUCUGAUUUUGCAUAUAGAGUAUGCUUGUAGGAUUCAACUACCACUCAUCCAUCUGUGAUUCUUGUUUAAGAUAAUUUCUGUGUAAUGAAGUAGAGCUUUCUAUGCUUUACUGUUGUAAUAUGUGUAUUUGUUCUUUACAUUGUGGGAAAUACCUCCAAUUUAUCUUAGUCAUAUCUUGAUGAGUUUUCACCCCUGCUUUGGUUAGGAACAACAUAACACAUUUAAAGUGGUUUGUUUAGGAUUAUUGAGACUUGGUAUGAUGGGAUAAAUCUUUAAUAUCUUGCCCUCACUAUUUGGUAAUUUUGCGAUUGCUCUUGUAUAGUUGGAAAGCUAAUAUAGUUACCACAUUUCGUACUUUGCAUUGAUUUAUUUUGUAGUGUCUGUCAAAAUUCUCUUGUUUCUUAAAUGAGCAACUCAAAUAUGUAGAAGCAGUAAAGAAGAUGCAGAUGCUGUCCAUGAGCUGGGAAAGUUGACAUUCAUAUGUUCAUGAGAAAAUAGAAAGAAUUUCAAAUAUGUAAUAUGAAUAGGAUUAUUUACUACUGGAGCCCAAAUGUUUGUUAAAAGACCUAAUUACUCUGCUAGAUUUAAUUCAAAGGCCAUAAUUUAAUUUAAAGAUAUAAUGAAAACUUUUGAUACAAGAAGGUUAAAUAAUGAGAGUUUCUUAUAGAGGAUGAAAUUUACCCAUCUUAAUCAAGAGGAAAAAAGUGAGCUUCAUUCUGAUCUAACACAUGUGGUCCUUUCUUUGGAUUUAAAUAAUUAUCACUUAGAUUUUCUUAUAUCUGCAUCCCAUCAAUACCAUAUCCUAAAAUAGGCAUGCAGUUCCAUGGUUGGACAAAGAAAGGCUUAUUGGAACAUUACAAGUUGCUGAAUAAAAUUUCAAUUCACUCCAAAAGUUAGUUUGAAAAAAGAAGGCAACACUUGGUACCCAUUUGUGAAAUGAUAUUUAAGUCUAUGAAGUGGUUACGUGAAACAACGUAAACAUUCACAACAAAAGCUAAGGUCUAAUUGAAAAACAUGAUAGAAAUAAGAAGAAAAUAAUAUGAUGUAAUAAAAGUAAACUCUACAUAACUGCCAAUGCAUUGGCAAAAAUGUAGUAUACUGAUAAGAAGAGGAGUUGCAUCGACAAAGGCACAAUCUUUACGCGUUUUAGUCAAGCUAGUAACUUUCUUCCCAAGCACUGAAACUUCAUGGGUCAGCUACUAUGGUGAUCAGACUAGUUUUUGUACUUCUGUGUUAUAUGCAGUAUGUAAAUCAAUAUUUUUAGUAAAUGAAGACAUGCCAUAUCUGUUAUUAUUUAGUAAAUAAGUACUGUACACACAUUACUGAGAAAUUCAUUGCUUAAGUAAAUGUACUAAUAUGGCCUUCUAGGUUUAAUGCAUGAUGAGCAAACAUUAACAAAUGGUCCCUUUCUGGCUAGUAUAAUUGACUUUUUAACCUGUAGUGGUUUCUAAUGUAGAAAAAUACUUGCACUGGAAAUGAUGGCAUGCCUGCAUAAUGCCAAUGAAACAAAACCAAGUUGCCUCCUUAUUUGUACCCACUGAGGUCAGGGAAGAAUCUCACUCUAAUCUGUCCCAUCUGUCCCAGGAGUCUUAGUUGUAUUUAAUCAUUUCUGUUUCAGAUAGCAUGGAUGUGUAAGUUGAGGCCUGUAGCAUAACCUGCAUUAUUUUCAAGAUUUUGAUGUAGUACUUACUGUCUUUCAUCGUGAUAAUCAGAUUUUAGUCCCUAUCUGCAUUGGUUAAAGUAAUUGAGGUUUUUGUCUUUAUGUUUAAUGGAUUGUCAGUUUUGAUGUAAUUUAGGUUUUCAAUUUCCAGAUUAUUA